AGCGUAAAGAAAAAAAUUAAAUUAAAAACAAACAUCGGUGAAAUAAAAAAACAGAAAAAGAGGAGAAGACCGAUUCUUCUGCUGCAAACGCCAAGUUCCGGCGCGGCGUUAGGGCGACACGGGAAUCUUCGUGUAUUCUUUCUGGUUUUCUCUUCUCUGUUAAUCGAUGUUUUAGGAUUCUCUAUAUCUUCAAUUUGUUGUUCGGACGUUAUUUUUGGCUGAAGAACAAGGGGGAUUGUUAUUAUUGCCCGUUCCGGUUCCGGUUCCGGCUCCGUUUUUUGUCUGUCCUGUUUGGAGGUUGAAUUUGUGAGCUGAAAGCUCCUGUUUCAAUGUCGGCAAUCUCGAUUUGCAGGCCGGAGUUUUUGGGAUCCGUCCGAUAUGGAUACCGGAACCUUAAAUUUCAUAAAAAUGUCGCCUCGUGGUCUAUGAAGAUGGAUUCUAAAUCGCCUCAAACGGUGAAGGAAGAUAUUUCUAUUCAGAUUUCAACGCCACUGUUGCUACCGAAGUCGAAACCAUCGACGCCAAACGAAUUACGGUUCAAUCGGCCGCCGCCAGGUGAUCAAGAUUUAGUUCACAAAAAAAGAUUGGAAUUCGGUCAAUUUGUAGCCAGGGAGGCCGUGCUUGAUGAAGAAUUGUGGACAGCGGCAUGGCUUCGGGCUGAAAGUCAUUGGGAGAAUCGAAAAAAUGAACGAUAUGUUGAUAGCUUCAAAAGGAAAUUUGCAGAACAGGAGUUCAAUGCCAUUAAAAGAAGAUGUAGUGGGCUUGGACAGUCAUGCACAUGCAUUGUCACGGUAAGCAAGGAACAGAAGCAUAUAAAACGCACGGUGAUUAAAAGCGUCGUAGCCACUCUUGAUAUGAGCUUGCGGCAUUUGAUGCAUGGCGAGACUUUUCCAGGGGAAAGAGAGAAGAGCCAUGUAUGCAGCAUCAACAAAGAGAUACCAAAUAAAUAUGCAUAUGUUUCAAACUUAUGCGUAUCGAAAGCAGCACGUCGUCAGGGCGUUGCUAGCAAUAUGUUGAAGUUUGCAGUUGAAACAGCCAGAUCCAGUGGUAUCGAACAGGUAUACGUGCAUGUACAUAGAAACAACACACCUGCCCGACUAUUGUACGAAAAGAUAGGCUUUGAGGUGGUCGAAAUAGCAAGCUCACAAUUGUUGGAAGAACAAACUUACCUUCUAUGUAUUAACACACGGAAGCUUGACAAUGCAUAUUGGUGUUGAUAUUCAUUCAUAAGGUACUUGUACUGACAUUGGAACUCACAAAAAGUGGUGAGUGCAAUGAAAUUUGGGGUGUUAAAGUAAUACUCUACCAUUCAUGUAGCGUACAUAUUCUUUGCAAUGUUUCUGCCAAAAAAAGUCCCUUGCACUCAUAGUUCAGUUCAUACACGAGUACAAAAAGGUUUCUUCUUAAUUUUAAAAAAAGCUUGCACAAGUGAAAGGUUGGAGACUGACAAACACACCUGAAAACAUCCAAAGAGUUGGGUGCACUUUAGAGCCUCAAUAGUCAGUUUUCGACACCAAGAUAGGUCGAGACUAAGCAAAUUCUUAGAACAGGUAAGCAAAAUUGCUGUGCAGUGGCUAACCUCCACAAACCCAUAUGUAACAGCCCAAGCUUACCGCUAGCAGAUAUUGUUCUCUUUGGGUUUUCCCUCAAGAUUUUUAAAACGCCUUUGCUAGGGCGAGAUUUACACACUCUUAUAAAGAAUGUUUCGUUCCUUCUCCAACCAAUGUGGGAUCUCACACUAUAAUUGUCCCAAUCAUUAAGGAAAACCGGCAUCUUCCAUCAACUCAACUUUAAAAUCAUUAAUUACUAGCCUAACUUGGUCCAGAAUGACCAGAAAAGCGAAGACAACCAUGAUGGAAUUAUGGACUAACAUUUCCAAAUUCAUUUAUGAAACACAACAGAAAAUAUAUAGCUAUAUCCCAUGAACUUUUCUAGGCUACUGUUCUAUAAUAGUCUUUAUAUCUAUUGAUUCAAGGAAAAAGAGAGAUGGGAAAUGGGGAAAGGGAGUUAAAUACAUACCCUCUUGACAUUGUUCAAUGAAAGUCCAAAUUCUGUUUAGAAAUCAGCCAAAAUUGCAGAUUUUAGUACCUCUAAUCUGCCAAGUGUGAAAGCGUAGUGAAAAAGUUCUGAACAAAUGAUUAUAUAAACUGCUAGAAUAUCUAAAGCUCGUUUCUGAUUUGGCUUGUAUGGAUUUAUUGGUCAAUUUCCUGCAUCCAAAACAAAAAAAGAAUCAUACACAUUGGUUAAAAUGAGUUCCUUCAAACUUUGUCCCCCGUCGGUCCGAUGUUCUUGGAUGAACUCGUCACGAACAUCUCCAAUUCCUGUUACUAACACCACUUCCAAACUUUAAAGCUUCUUCCUUACAGAAAUCAUUAGAAUUGGAUGAAUCUGUAGGUAAUCGUAAAGAUACAAUUCCCUUCUGAGGAGGGAGCACUGGUUGAUAUUAAAGAAUGCAAUGCAGGAGAAGAAGACACAAGUGCAGCGACACCAACGUCAGAAAGAUGAUAAGCACGGGACAACAAGAUGGCCGAGAAGUUGAGCAUUUUCGGAGAAUCAUAGCCGACUAAGCUUCUGCCUGCAAGCAUCUGGGACAAGUUCCAGUGAAGAAAUUGCCCUCAGCAGACCCGUAUGCACAAAUCUCUCAACGAGGGAGGCAAAAGCUAUGCCAGUUAGGGAGCCAUUCAAACUGGUGCAGACCAUUCGCUCAAUCACUAGCGAUCUUCAUUGCAGUAGAGAAGGGCCCAGGCCAGUCUUUAGCUCUCAGCGCCAGUUCUUAGGACCAUCAUCGACCAGAUGUGCAGUGCCUGAAGCCUCGGCUUGUAUGGAGCAAUAGAACUUCUGUAACCAAUGUGUCCUUUCACCAUUUUGUUCAACAGCAUCUCCUUUGCAAUGUAGCCAUUAGCGUCCAUAUCCCUUCCAUCUUUGUAACUUUGGUUUACCUUCAAUAACUAUUCCCUUCGGUCUUUCCACGAACGA